GAUGUCCUCAUAAUGCAGUCACAAAGUCUGCCACAUUGGAUAUUUCCAUUUGAGGCUCACCUGUUCAAGCCUUUCAAAUAUUCUUUAAAAUGUAUAAAGCUUGGCAGUAAUUUGUGAUAUAAAAACUGCAGUAGACAGGUAAGAGGACAGAAGCAUGCCAUUAGAAUGACACGUGUUGCUGGCAGAGAUUUGUUUUCAGCAAAGAAUCACAAAGCCUGCAAAGCUGUGGGGUGUGAGGUGCUGAUGAGGUUCACAAAUAUCACAGAUUCCACAGUUAUUGAUAAGAUACUUUCAGCUUCUGAUUUGGGAUCGUGGCCAAGGUGGGCAACUGAAUCUGUCAACCACUUCUGAAAGCGACAAAAAGGUUUUAGCAAGCUAAGCAAUUUUCAACAUUGCUGUAUAUAUACAUGUGCCUAUUUGUGUGUAUAUGUGCGCACAAAAGACAAAUGCUCCAACAAAAUGCCAGGGCUUAUCAACCGACACAACAAUCUCAAUCUGCCAUUAAAAGCAUCUGAAGUCACAUCUUGUAUGAUAGGUUACAGCCUGGGAAUGUCAGCAUCUUUGGUUUAUACCAACAUGGACGAUCAUCCUGUCGAAGCUUUGUUUAUUUAUCCCUUGGAUGAAUUCACUACAGUGGUUGGAUUUGAAGCAAUGAUUUCUGGACGCAUUAUAACAGUGCAAAUAAAGGACAAAGCUAAAAUAGAUAAUUGUAAUUUUGAUUCUUGUAAUAUCACAACAAGCUCCGCCCAGAAGGGUCAAGAUCACUUUGUUCUGGACGAAGAUUUCGAGCGGACAUUAUUUACUGUGAACUUUGGUAUCAUCCCACCACUUGAAACAGUGACCGUGCUGAUCAAUACUUCCUUGGAGUUGCAAACUCUGCCCAAUGGAACAGUCAGGCUGCUACUUCCAUCCUUGUACGUCCCCAGGGUGACUUCUUCAAGGACUGAUGAACAGAGUUCAACUGAAAACGAGCUGAAAAGCAAAGAUAGAUUUCGAUGUGGCUUCACCCCUCAACACCAAAAUGGGAACCUGUUGGUAAAACUCUUAGACAAUGAGGUCACCAAUCCUACUACGUAUGACUUUAGUUUCAAGCUUGAAAUCAGAGCACCUUGCUUGCUAUCAGGUGUAGAAAGUCCGACUCACUCAAUCAGAGCUGAUGCAGACCCCUCAGCGUUUUGUGCUUCCAGUGUGAUGAUUACAUUGGCAGAGAAACACACCUUUGACAGACCUGUGGAAAUCAUCAUCCACCCAAGUGAACCUCAUAUGCCACAUAUCUUAAUAGAAAGUGGAGACAUGACACCUGCUGAAUAUGAGCAAUUCCUAAAAGGAAGGAAUGAUUUCAUUAAAGGAACCAGGAAGGACCCUAGUUCAGAAAAGAAGGCUGAGAUCAUUAGAAAACGCCUCAACAAAGAUAUUGGGCACAAUCCUGUCAUCAUGUUGAACUUUUGUCCUGAUUUGAAGACUGCCUCCCCAGAUUUAAGGAUGGCACAGGGCGAGUUCAUUUUUCUGAUAGAUUGUAGUGGAAGUAUGAGUGGAGUGAAUAUCAGCUGUGUCAAGGAUGCAAUGCUGGUAGUCUUGAAGAGCCUUAUGUCCUCGUGUCUCUUUAACAUAAUUGGAUUUGGUUCCACUUUUCGGACCUUAUUCCCAGCUAGCAGGUCUUACAAUGAACUGACACUGACGGUAGCCUGUGACUAUAUCAGAAAACUUCGGGCUGACAUGGGAGGAACAAAUUUACUGGCACCUCUGAAUUGGAUUUUCCACCAACCGAUUCAGAGACAGCACCCACGACUGUUGUUUAUCCUGACAGAUGGUUCUGUCAGUAACACAGGACGAGUGAUAGAACUGAUCCGGAAUCAUGCCCGUACGUGCAGGUGCUAUACUUUUGGAAUUGGACAGAGUACUUGCAGAAGACUUGUUCAGGGAUUAGCUUCUGCUUCCAAAGGAGCAGCAGAAUUUCUUGCAGAAGGGGAAAGGUUACAGCCAAAGAUGGUAAAAUCACUGAAGAAAGCAAUGGCACCUGUUCUCAGUGAUAUCACCACUGAGUGGUUCUUUCCUGCAACAACUGAGGUACUCCUUUCACCAGUGGAACCAAUUUUCUUAUACCCUGGAGACAGACUCAUUGGAUACUGUAUUGUGUGCGACACAUCAAGGUAUCACUCGAACCUUAAAUCAGACAAACAGCGUAGGUACAGCAUGAUGUGGUCUCAGGAAUCCAACAGUUCCGUGUUUUACCAUUCUCAAGAAGAGGAGUCUGGUCGGAUAAGCUCUGACAAUUUAAGAAGCUGCGGAGAUUCUGUAGUGGACUCUAUAAAUGACCAACCUCAAGAUGUGAUCUCUAUUAACGAACGCCUAGAAAAUGAAGGUAUUGAAUCAAAAUUGUCUCCUAGAAGAAGAGCAUUUAGUACAAAUCAUGCAUUCAGAAAUGACACCUCGAAGAGACCGUUCACACCCAGUGACCCAUCGUCAGCAUUUCACAAACAUCCUCUCCGGAGAGCAAAAGCUCAACAGCUAGUUGGUUGGAACAGCCCAGAAAGCGUCUCUCCUUGGCAAAGACAGUUUCAGAUAAACGUAGCAGGCUCCUGCACCGGCACCACAAGGUCAAGACUUGUUGGCAAACGGAGACCAUCUUUACUGCACCAGAACUGUGUUUCAAGUAGCCAGGAUUCAGAUAUACAGUCGAGUCCACAGAAAUUAGCCACUGGAGAUUAUAUAACGUGCAGUGAUGGUAGCACCAACACCAGGUCAUCCAUAGAAAGUGCUUUGAUUGGCAACUGCUCAGAAUCUGGCCAGUUUCACCAUCUGUCAUCAACUCUUGAUAUUGAAUCAGCCCCUGAAGACCAGAACCUGUCAGCAAUGGAAAACCUAGCCAAUAGCUGCAAAGCACUCAUUUCAGGGCUGUUGUGUGGUGAAGUUAUCCAAUGGGAAGUUGGAUUUGAUCUUCAAUCACUUCUUCAGCACACAGAGAAUCGUAAUGUGGAAGAUCUGUGGAGCGAAACAAUCCAUCACUUGGCAGCAAAGUCCAUCAUCCGAGAUUUUGAACAAAUGGCUGAAAGAGAAUGUGAAAUAGAAUAUGGUUCUGGAAGGAGAUACCAGCUGAAUGCAAUUCACACCAGCAAGGCAUGCAAUAUCAUUAGCAAGUACACAGCUUUUGUACCAAUGUAUCUCAACAACAAUGAAUAUCUGCCAAGUAUUAGAGCAUAUUCAAACACAGCAGAUGCUGGAAAAAAAUGGAACAAUCAAAAAAAGUCACGCUCCGGAAGCUGCAGGCACAGAGAUUACUCUAUUGGUCUCGGCCGUUCUCAAUCUGAAUAUGAAACUGAUGGGGUCGACGAUGGCUUUUCCACUUUCUCAAUGGACAACAGUAGUCAAUCGCCUUGCAGUAGCUCGCCCUCUUCAGGAUGGGAGAGAUAUAGCUUCACCGAUGCAUCACUGAGAAGCCCUUCAGUUUCAUCUCAACGAUCCACAGAAAACCUUUUUACUGCAAGGUUGAACUUCAGUAAAACCCGAAUGUUGACUCAAGCUGCCAAAGGGUUUCUGUGCAGAUCAGUCAGUAAGAUGAGCGAGUCUGCCUGUGAGCCAGAGGCUGAGAACAAUGACUACCUACCACUGAUUAAUUUGCAGUUGGCAUCAGGGGCUUUCUUGCUUAAUCUGGCUUUUUGUGAAGCCAUCAAUAUUCCCAUGGAGCAGCUGAAAUGGACCUCACCCUUUACAUGUCAUCGAUCAAAUGCCAGUCCAGGCUCUCAUGUUCAUUGCAGUACCUUCAGUGACGAAAGGACAGUGCAGCGUGAUGAAGAGAAUGGAACCACAGAAACCUUCCAUCAGAAAGAAUCCGGCAAAAUGGCAGCAUUGAAUUAUUUGGGAUUGGAUGAAUGUCGAGGUGAUUUAGAACAGUUAGGACCACGUCACUUUUCAAGUAGCUUAGUUGAAAUCCAGUCCAAGGUUAUGAGCGGUAGCCCUGACCUUCUCCCUCCGGCAGUAACUGUGCGGAGAUACUCUUCUCCGGGAAAUCCUGAGGCAGCUAGUGCUCUGCAGACUGACAGUGGCAGAGGGUCUGAAACAGACAGCAGUGAUAUUUCAUUCUCAACAACUUCCAGUGAACUUCAACAGUUCACGGAUCCAGAGGGAACAAUCUGGUCCACGGCUGUUGCCUUAGCCUGGCUAGAGCACAGCUCUGCUGCUUAUUUCAUUGAGUGGGAACUGGUGGCUGCCAAAGCCAGUAUGUGGCUGGAUUCACAGCUUAUCCCAGAGGGCCGUGAACUAGCUACUGUAAAAGCUUCAGCCAGACAGCUAUUUGUUCUGUUAAGACAUUGGGAUGAAAACCUGCAGCUGAAUAUGUUGUGCUACAACCCAAACAGUGUUUAAAUAUUUUGCCUCAGUAUAAUUAGCUUGAUUCUCAAUCUUUUUCUUAACAUUAUUCUUUGCAAAUCUAGAAAUCAAUCAUUUAUGAGUAAAUGGCCUACGUUUUACACUAACAUUUGCCUUUUGUUUCUUUCAAGACAUCCCACAGUUCGACUGUGUAUUGGUCGGGUCUGGGGCAGUUCUGUAACGAUACUCACUGUCAGUCUGCAUUGUUGACAGGGUUGAUAUCAUUGGUUUGGUUUUUGUUCAAUUUUUCUGAUAAUUAAAACUGUACUUCAAACUUGUGGCUUAAUUUUGUGUGUUUAACAGAAGUGUUUCUUUGUUGUAAGCUUUUGAUGCCAUGAAUGGUUUGACAGACGGGUACAGAGAUCACAGCCACAGAGAUUUAUGUUCCUUCAGUAUUCAUCUUCUUGGUUCAUUGCAUAAAACAAUGUUAGAGUUUGACCUGAGUGGACUCAUGCCAACUUUUAAAGUGUAGACACUUUGGAUUAACUAUGAAAAUAGCCAUUAAAAUUGUUUUCAAUUCUACAAUUGAAAUCAUAGAUUUUUAAUUUUUUUCCCAAGUACAAUAUAGACAUAAGCCAAGGGAAAGAAACAAGGAAGUAACUGGUUUUAAACAACUUCACCUGGCAGGUAACUGGCCUGAUCAAGUUGUCCACUGUUAGUGAAGAAUGAAAACAUACAAGGUAUUGACAGUGACCAGCCUAUUCCUGUGGAAUCUCCCCUGGAGUUAUUGGUUAAGAUACUCACAUGCCUCUUAACUGAUUCUUUUCGGUACUAAUGCAUGACAGCCUAACACAUCUGUCUGAGAUUCCAUUAAUAUCUUUGCUAAAAUACUGCAGUGGAGACAAACAUCAGACAAUCAAAUUUAACCUUAAAGCACUGUGAUCAUACAAAGUAACUUCAGGCUGAGAGGAAUUUUAACGUUGAUGAUGCUGUGGGCUGCCCUAUCCUUCCAUUAAUUUUACCUGUGGUAGUUCAUUAGAUAUUCUUGAUAGUUAAAUUUACCCCAGUGUAUUUCAGAAAAUUGUCCCUUAGAAAGUCGUGAUGAACCGUCUUGAUCUGGUGAAUGCACUCAGAAACACCUUUAGUGUAGUUAGGGACAGAGUUCCAAGAUUUUGACCCAAUGGCAAUGGAGGAACAGAGAUAUAUUUCCAUGUUGGGAUGGUGAGUGAAUUGGGCAGGAACAUGCAGUUCAUGUUGUUUCCAUGUAUCUGCUGCCCUUGUCCUUCUUUAUGGUAGAGAUUGUGGCUUUCAAAGGUGUUGUUAAUGAAACCUUGGUGAAUUUCUGCAGUGUAUCUUGUAGUUGGUUCACACUGCUGCUAUUGAGUAUUGGUGGUGGACUGAGUAAAUGUUUAUCAUUUUGGAUGGUAGAGGUUGAGGGGUUAGAAUAUGUUGUUGAAGGAGAAUUAGCAAGUUGCUAAAGUGCAUCUGGUACACACUGCAGUGACUGUAAAUUGAAACUACACAUCUCCUACCACUAAACCAUGAUAGGAAGUCAUGGGCGGCACGGUGGCUCAAUGGUUAGCACUGCAGCCUCACAGUGCCAGGGACACGGGUUCAAUUCCAGCCUCAGGUGACUGUCUAUGUGGAGUUUGCACAUUCUCACCGUGUCUGCGUGGGUUUCCUCCGGGUGCUCUGGUUUCCUCCCACAGUCCAAAGAUGUGCAGGCUAGGUGGAUCGGUCAUGCUAAAUUACCCGUAGUGUU